AGUCUAUUCAAUUUCGACUUGGAUUGCACUAUCUUGUGGUGGUGAGAAUCCAGAUGCAGGUUCUGAAGCUCGGUACUGACUUGGAAAACACGGAAUGUUUCCAGAAUGUUUACAAUUUCCGUAUGGUUUUUUGCAGUUGCUACACUUAAUGGCGUUGACCCAUACUUGUCUUUGAUGUCAACUAAUGCACCAUUGCGUAACAGUAGUUCAACAACUUUGGUACAGCCGUUUGCGGCUGCAACAUGUAGAGCAGUUGAUCCUGUUGCUCCAGCUACAGCUAGAGAUUUAUCAGUGCUAUGUUUCUUGGACCAGCUGCAAUAAAAGCAUGGCAAAGGAAUGAGUGAUAGGAUG